AUGAAACCCCUAAUUAGCACUCUUGUUCAGAUGUUUUUCAUCUACAGAUUGUUUAAAUUCUCAGGAAGCAAGACUAUCGCCGCGUUUUGCGGCAUUCUCAGCAUGUUGAAUCUUGCCGACACUUUGGUGAAUGCAGCCAAGGCACUGGGUGUUUCUACGGACACAAAUGCGCAAAAUGCGCACGAUUGGUUGAUCAUCCUAACUCUCGUUGUCGCCGCUAUUUACGAUCUGGCAAGCACGAUUGGGCUGGUGUAUUUACUGCAGCGCGAACGCAGGCGGACCAAAGUCCAUCAAACACACAGUAUCGCUGAUCGUUUGACUCUUUGGGCAAUUGAGACUGGUCUCGCAACUAGCAUGUCUGCUGUCUUGGUUAUUGUAUUUGUGGGCCCUUUUUGA